GGGGGGUGAGGAGAAGGGGUUAGUGUGGCCUCGUCGUGUCUCCCCCUCAGUAGGAAGACUCUCUCCUCAUGGAAGGGUCGUGGCGUUGUGUGUAUUGGCGACGACACUACGACGACCACGACGACGACGAACAUAUCUGAAGAGCGUGAGCAGGACGGCGGCGGGGGAGACAAUGGCGGCGGCCAGGGUGAAGGGGUCGCCGGCUUGGGCAGUGGUGGUGCUGGCGGCGGCGGCGGCGGCGGCAGGGGCGGGAGCGCUGAGGGCCGCCCCGCCACCCGAUGAAGUCUCCUCCUGUUCGGGCUCCGUGUGGUACGAUGUCGACGCUGCGGGCCGCUGGUCAUUCCCGUCUGCUGCCCCGCCAGAGGUCCCGGACAAGUCACGCCCUCCCGCCGUGACGCAAGUACCCUGGGACGCCGUGAAGGAGGCGGCGCGGCCACUGAGCACCAAGCUAGGGACUGGACUGCCCCUUCCCGUGCUAACUUGCCCCAGGUCCUUCUCUUCCUGCCCUGCCAGCCUGCCCUCUCCCGAAGACAACUGUAUAAGGAUAGCUCGACGGGGCUUUUGUGUGGGUGUUGGAGGUGUAUGUAAGGGUCUUGUGGUGUCUGUCAUUGAGCCCAAGGGAUGCUGCUGCCUGGAGAAGGAAGGCGCUAAGCUGAUUGGGAAGAUUACGAAUGUGACUCUCGUGAACAAGGCCUCAGACGGGGCGUGUGUGUCGCUAAGAGUGACCGGCCGGGAGCCUUUGACGUGCUGUUGUGGGUUUCAGGCAGGCAAUGCUACGAGGCUUGCUGAAGGUGCUGAUGUGAGGGAAAGGAACAUGUGUGCGUGGCCAGUUCGUGAGGCUUCCGGGCUGGGGGAAAGAAAAGAUGGAAAACAGAAUAAUGGAGAUGACAGUGGCCUUAACGAACUGACAGAGGAACGUAUAAAGAAGGAAAAAGAUGGGGAAGAAAGCGAUGGUGGUGCUGGCGGUCUUGGCGAGCCGACGGAAGCACAGAGCACGGAGGCAACAGACGGAGAGGAGAGUGACGGAGAUGACGGAGGCCUGAGCGAGCUGACGGAGGAGCAUAUCAAGCAAGACAGCAUUUUGGAGGACAUCAUCGCCGCUGUUGUCUUUCUCUUCAUCGGCGCCGUGUUGGUGCUGAUCAAGAGCCGAGUCUUCAGGUUCACCAGGAGGAAGCGGCAGCAGGAGGACAAGGAUAUGGAGAGCCAGGAGACGCUAGUGGACGAGACGGUGAUAUGACCCAAGAGAUGACCGCCGGCCUCCCCGCGCUGGUGUUGUCUUCCUGUUCCUCGCGUCGCAGUGGAGAGGUGCAGUGCAGUGUCCUUCAACCUCACUGGGAGCCCGUUAUUUCAAGCAACGUUGCCAGAUUAUCGUACUCAGAACAUCGCAAUUAUCAGUACCAGAGCCCGAAACUUUCCUAGCCACACAGAUAACGAGAUUCCAGUUAAAGUUAUCGUUAAAAUCACUACUUAUUGGUGUCUGUUUGCGAUAGCUGUGAGUCGGAAACCUGAUAAUACGAUGUGCUGAGUUGCUGAGUACGAUAAUUUGGUAACGCUGAUUUCAAGCCUUUCGCUGGUGUUCAUAAGCGUUUCAGCCCUUCAGUUCCCCUGUUUGAAAAGCCUCCGUUAAAAGUCGCUGAGGUUUUCACGGACUGUCUUGUGAUCCCAGUGAUAUAGUUUGUCCCGACUUCUGCAUCUUCAACGGGAAAAUCACCCAUGAAAUCCCGGUUAAUCUUCUCUGUGGCACUGGAGAAUAGUCGUAAUGGCAAUCCGAUAUGUUUUAAAAUAUGGACCUUACCCUCACGAUACGUCUGAAGGCUUGGCAGGACUCAGAAGUAUGACUUGUGCGCCUCAGCCGUCUGGUGUCAAGUCAUGUAUCAGUGAAGUGGUGACGCAGUGAUAAGUAUCUCACGAACUAAUGUUAUAGGGAGCGACCUGUACCCUGAGGAACCCGAAAUAUAGUGUGUCUAGAGCCUCGCAUAAAGGGGAUAUUUCACUGAGCAUAUUUUCCGUGGAUCUUCAGUCAAACCACGAUUUCCGCUAACGUGGUUCUCAAUUGUCUGUUGUUAUUGCUGCUGAUGAAGAUGAUGAGUAAUACCGUCGUCCUUCAGUGAAAUCUACCGUAGCUUUGGAAGAUCGUGGACACGUCAGAAAACCACGGAAAUAUGAGAACCACGCCAGCGGAAAUCGUGGUUUGACUGAAGAUCCACGGAAAAUUUGCCCAGUGUCAUAGCCCCUUAAGUGGUCUCCCUGCGCCGGUACUCUCCUCAUAUCGGGCUUCCUGGUGUAAUGACCCCGACCAAUAGUACACUUGCGUAGACCCCCGCCCCUUGAGUCCUUCCUGAAUAAGAACAUUGUCAUAGGUUCAUGUGAUAUAAGCAAACUGAUGAGCCGUUCUCCGAGACUGUCAGUAGAAUAGUUCACAUUCAUUAAGUCCUCACGUCUGUCAGUGCAUUCUUAUAAACUUCAUUAUUUGGGGAAUGUGUACGUUCAAUUAUUUUCAUACCUACGUUCUGUUUCCUCUCAUUCCUCCGCUGUUCCCUUCCCCAUUUCUUCUUUCCCUCCCUUCCAUCUCUCCUUUCUUAUUCCCUUCCCUUCCCCCUUUCUCUAUUCCUUCCUCCCCUCUUCCUCAAUUAUUUUCUCCUAUUUAUUAACUUUAUCUUCUCUUUCCUCUGUUUUCUCAUCCACCCUUUUCAUCAAUUUCACCACAAACUUUCUUUUCCAUACCCUUUCUAUCCUCCCCUAUCAACCCAACCCGCAUCCCUACCCUUCCCCACGCAACCUCUACCAUAUAUAUACGAACCAUUACAAUUUGUCUUGCCAUCAGGAAAAAAAAUACUGUGGCGAGUUAUGUCGAGAUAAAACAAUUAAAACAUGGCCAUCAACAAUCCAUAUAAACAUUCAUCAUGCAAACAAUACGUCAUUUCGCGUCCCAAAUCAAUGUUCCAGUAUUUUUUUCCCUGGUGUAGGUGAUGAAUCGAACGGCGUGUAUACAUACAUUGUCAAGCGCACCGUGUAUGCAUAUGUAUUAUACUGUAGACAUGGUAGUAAAUCACUGCUGUACAGAACAUUGUAUUCACCCGGGGACGCAGCGGCACGCCCUCAAAGGAGAAUGAUUGUGGACAGUUUCUAUCCGCACACACAUCCUCCCCCUUAUCUUGCGUCCGCGUCCCCCACGGCAAUGAUCCCACCGGCUACACGUCCAUCGCCGCCUGAGCAUCCAUUUCAUACAAUAUAUUCACCCGGGGACGCAGCGGCAUUCUCUCAGAGGAUUACCAAUGUUGACAGUUCGUAUCCGCACACAAACACACCGUCUCCUCCGAGCCGUGUCGUGCACCCUCCGUGACCCCGCCAGCCACGCGUCCCUCACCGCCUGGACAUUCUAUCAUACAUGUCAAGGCUAUUAUUAUUACUGCAUCCAUAUAUAUUCACUUUGUGCGUGUGACCUCCGCCGUAAUGAACACGCCACUCUCACGUCCACCGCCACAGGGACGUCUACAUCGUAAAUUAAUAGUUAUCAGUCAUGGUUGUAUUUUGUACGGUUAUACGUGUCAUCGAUGCACCAUUAUUGAAAUUUAUAUGCAUGAAAAGUGUACCCUGUCCAACAUUCACGGUUAUCCAUCAUGGCUGCAUCUUACUCGGUAGUUAUCCGGGAUGACGUAAAUUUCCUUAAUAAUCAUGAAAUAAAAAGUAUCACCUCUUAAAUCCGACUUAACUGAUCUUUCAACUCAACAUUUAUCAUUAAGCAUAACAGCAAAACUCGAUGACCUAACUCCGGCUAUACGGGCAAGUAGCAUUCUACCCGGAAGUCGACUUACAGGUCAUUCAACUCAACAUAUAUUGCUGCACGAAUUACCAAAACUCGAUCAUUCUGCAAUACAGGGACGAGGCACGCUGCUCAUCGGGUUGUCUGUGGGAGGCAACCCGGGUAGAGAAGGCCAAGGGGACGCCCAAGGAGUUCGUGGCUUGGGCAAAUCGAUAGAUCCCGCCAUGACGUACUAAGAAUGGGAAGGAAACUGAGUGGAGACUUGCCCGGAGAAGCCCCAGAGUUCGGCGUCGUAGAGUGGGCGAGGCGAAGCGUCACUCCUCCCACUCGGCGAUGCCAGAUUGUCGUACUCGGACCAUCACAUUAACCAGCUUCUCCCCCAUAAAUAUCACCAGGAAACAGGAAUAAUAAACCAUUUCAACAAUAGCUACAAAUAGAUCUCGUUAUUGUGAUCCAGGAAACAGUUUUUGGGAUGGAAAUCAGGAAAUAUGAGAAACUAAGUACGACAAUCUGGCAACGUUGCUCCCACUCACUCCGCCCCCCCUUCCCCCCCGGCGCAUGCCCCCUACUGAGUGACUGAUGAUCGCCCCUUUACCCUGAGUGGCCUCGUGGUGCAGAGAGAUGACGGUCCGCCCAGUGUAUCGCCUGCCGCCGGAGUGCAGCGCCUCACCGCACCGCUUCCAGAUUAUCGUACCCAGAGCAUAGUAUUUAACGGUUUCUGACGUAUAAUUAUUGGCAAGAAAGAUCAGGAAUUAACUAUUGUAACGAUAACUAUGAAUGAAUCUCGUUAUUGGGGCCCAGGAGACAGUUUUGGGGUCGGAAAUCGGUAAGAAUAAGGGCUGAGUACGACAAUAUGGUAAUGUUGCCUCGCCGUUAGGUCGGCUCCCCGCCCUCAUGGGAUCGAUUCAGCAUCCAGAAAGUCAUAGAAUGGAUAGACAGAGUAGAAAAAAACAAAUUUCUGGUAUUAACGUAUGUAGCUAACAGGCAAGAACGAUCAACACACACACACACACUCUCUCUCUCUCUCUCUCUCUCUCUCUCUCUCUCUCUCUCUCUCUCUCUCUCUCUCUCUCUCUAAGUGCAGCUCGGCCCAUAAUGAGUAACGCAAUUUGACGAUCGUUUGAAGCCUCGAAAAAAAACCUUAUAAGCAAAUCAACGCGUCUUUGAUCUCUCGGUCCAUCGGAUAAUGAUUCAUCAGCCUUGACCAGCUCAUCUCUCUCUCUCUCUCUCUCUCUCUCUCUCUCUCUCUCUCUCUCUCUCUCUCUCUCUCUCUCU